UCUCCAGAGAUAGUUUCUACCAUGACCAACAAGAAGGCUUCUUUGAAAGGUGUACUGCUGGCCAUCCUGCUAAUGACUAAUAUGUUCUUGUCAAGAAAGUGUGUUACCUCUUCGCCAAUCUGUCCCGGUGGAACUGACGGUUGCCAGGUCUCCCUCGGGGAUCUUUUUGACCGUGCUGUCAAACUUUCACACUACAUCCACUCCCUUUCUGCUGAAAUGUUCAACGAAUUUGAUGAACGUUAUGCUCAGGGCCGCGGAUUUAUUGCAAAAGCCGUUAACAGCUGCCAUACCUCUUCCCUAACCACUCCGGAAGACAAAGAGCAAGCGCAGCAGAUUCACCAUGAGGACCUGCUAAAUCUAGUCCUCAGCAUACUCCGUUCCUGGAAUGACCCUCUGCUCCAUCUGGUCUCUGAGGUGCAAAGAAUCAAGGAAGCUCCUGAUACCAUUCUCUGGAAAGCUGUGGAGAUUGAGGAGCAAAACAAGCGGCUUCUGGAGGGGAUGGAGAAAAUAGUUGGACGGGUUCACCCGGGUGACUUAGGCAAUGAAGUCUAUUCUAGAUGGUCGGGGCUCCCAUCGCUUCAACUUGCUGAUGAAGAUUCUCGUCUCUUUGCUUUCUACAAUCUGUUGCACUGUUUGCGUAGGGACUCCCACAAAAUUGACAACUACCUGAAACUCUUGAAAUGCCGCCUCAUCCAUGAUAGUAACUGUUGAGCAACUUUGGCCUUACUUCAUAAAAAUGGUAGCACUAAACUUCUUCAAGAUGACCUGCUUUUAGCUUCCUUGCUUUUCACUGCACAGGGUACAUUUUAUUGAAAAUCACAUCC